AUGUUUACCGAAGCUCUGAAACGAAGAUUGAAGCAAGAAGUCGAUGAAAUCAUCACAGAAUUGACUACUCCUCAAGAACCAGAUGCGUAUCCGGAAAUAAAUGGAGUGAUAGCUGGAGCCACUGAUGCUAAAGAAACAGUAUACUUGAACGCAAUUGGAACCAAAAAUAUCGAUACUGGAGAGGCUAUCAGUACAGACAACAUAUUGGCGUUCUUUUCUUGUACUAAAGCCUUGACAUGUAUGGGAAUGUUAAUACUUUAUGACCGUGGGGAAGUUGAUCUAGAUGCACCGGCUUCUCAAUACUUCAAACUUAUUGACACUAUUGGCGUAAUUGAGCCUGGUCAGGUUGAUACAGACAAUGGAACAUUUAUAACUCCGCCCCGGAAACCCAAAACUGAAGUGACAAUUCGACACUUGCUUCUCCAUACGGCGGGGUUCUCAUAUGCCUUUGUCAAUCUGGACUACUCAGCUUUGUCAUUUCUUAGAAACCCAGAACUCAGUGCUGUCAAUCCCAAAAUGGCUUUCUUUUCCAACGACAAGACUCCCUUGGUCCACGAGCCUGGAUCUCGUUGGAUGUAUGGUCAUAGCUCUGACUGGCUUGGGUUGGUGAUUCAGGAAAUUACUGGAAAGAAAUUGAGCCAGUUUCUCAAAGAGACGAUUUUUGAUGUGGUGGGGAUGAAUUCGUUCACAUUUCGAAUGGACGACGCCAGCAACAUGGUAGCAAUGCAUCGGCGAACUGGAGAGAGAAACCUCAAGACGAUGAAGAAAAUCGGUGUGCCGUUAACACCAGAAGUCGAUAUGGGUGGUCAAGGAUGCUUUGGUACCGUUGGAGACUACUUGAAGUUUAUUCGAAUUUGGCUCAAUUACGGUUAUUCUCCAGAUACAAAUAGGAGAGUUAUUCUGGAGAAAACUGCAAGGUAUGCUAUCAAGAACCAUCUUCCAGAUGGAGUCGGAGUGGAUUAUGAAGCCCUCUUUGGUGUCAAAUUACCACCAGGUUUUGUUAACGAUGGGUUUACAUUAGCUGGUUGUGCCUACAGUAUGAACGAAAUGCCUACAGGUAGACCAAAAGGAGCUGUACAUUGGUCUGGUCUUGCUAACCUAUUCUAUUGGAUCGAUUUGGAAAAUCAAGUUGGUGGGUUUUGGGGUUCCCAAUUCUUUCCAGUAAUGGACCUGUCUUCACUUAUGGGAAAUUUGCGGUUCGAGGGACAAGUUUAUGAGGCAUUGGCAGCGUCGAAGGAGGAAACCGGAUCAAAGCUUUAG